ACUGGAGAGAUAGCGAUGGCCAGAGUGAACAUGAACCCUGUGUACAACCCAAAGUCACCCCCAUCACGUCUGAGAGCCGUCAUCCGAAUCCGUCUGCUGGUGCUGUAGAGACUGAUGGAGGGAGAAAGAAGGCAGGGAAAGAGGAGAAGAAGAACAGCUUCUGGAGGUGGCCCGCUCUUCGCUUUCCUUGCAGCAGAGCUGGAACAUAUGAUCUGGCCAAAACUGAGGAAAAAUACGGGAUAGAGGCGGGAACACACUGGAGAGAUAGCGAUGGCCAGAGUGUACAUGAACCCUGUGUACAACCCAAAGUCACCCCCAUCACGUCUGAGAGCCGUCAUCCUAAUCCGUCUGCUGGUGCUGUAGAGACUGAUGGAGGGAGAAAGAAGGCAGGGAAAGAGGAGAAGAAGAACAGCUUCUGGAGGUGGCCCGCUCUUCGCUUUCCUUGCAGCAGAGCUGGAACAUAUGAUCUGGCCAAAACUGAGGAAAAAUACGGGAUAGAGGCGGGAACACACUGGAGAGAUAGUGAUGGCCAGAGUGUACAUGGACACUGUGUACAACCCAGUGAAACUCCCACCAGGUCUGAUGAGGUGCCUGUUAGUGCUGUUGGGAGAGAGGAAGUCCUCCUCACUUCUGAGGAACAGUUCGUGCAGAACAUCCUGGACAAGGGCCAAAUUCGCAAGCAGUAUAAAAUCGGCCGCAUGCUGGGUGAAGGAGGAUGUGGUAGUGUUUAUGAAGGGACUCGCUGCAAGGAUGGACUUAAGGUGGCUGUGAAAUGUUCAAAGAAGAUGCCAGACAUGCCAUCUAUCAGAUUGCCUGGUCAUCCCAAACGUCUCCCCAUGGAGAUUGGCCUGGUGCUCAUGGCCAAUAAGGGCCCCAACAUUCCCCAGAUCAUUAAGCUGCUUGACUGGGAGGAUGACACCGACCACUAUGUGAUGGUCAUGGAGCGCCCUGUGCCUUGCGUUGACUUGUUGAGUUUUGUGGAUCACCAUGGAGGAAGCCUUGACGAGGGGACGGCACGAAAUAUUAUGCGGCAGGUCAUUGAUGCCGCUAAAACUUGCUGUGAUCGUGGCGUCUUCCAUCGUGAUAUAAAACUGGAGAACCUCCUGGUGAACCAGGACACCAUGGAGGUCAAAUUAAUUGACUUUGGGUGCGGUGCGCUCAUGAAGAAUUCUGCCUUCAAACUCUUCCAUGGCACAAGACCGUACUGUCCACCCGAGUUCAUCAUGAAGGGCAGGUACUACGCAAAGCCGACGACAGUGUGGACACUAGGGUUCAUCCUGUAUGAAAUGCUGUGUGGGGAAUUUCCUACAGUCUAUGACCGACACAUGAUCACUGUGAACCUCUGGACCAGACCUGGCUUGUCAAAAGAAUGCUGCCAGGUGAUUUGUGAUUGUCUGCAGCCUGAUCCACAGAAGAGACUCAGUCUGGAUGAGAUGCAUCUCCAUGACUGGUUUAAGGUCACGGAGUAAGACACAAAGAACCUCAGAAAACAACUCCUGUCACAGCCACCCUGUUGUUUUCUGUCUUCAGUCAGCUUUGUGUCUGGCGGAUUGACAAGAGUGGCCUUUCCAUCAGUCCACUCAGGCCUUAGCGUAUUGCAGGCCCUGCAAGUCCUGGUAGCAAUCUGGCACCUUGACUUGAAGCAGCAAUACUAGUGUCUGGUGGUAUUGCUUGCUUGGGGAUCUAUAAAUAAUAGUUAAUUGUUUAUUUGCAUUUGUUUAUUUAUUAUUCUAUUAUUUAUUUAUUUAUUAAUUAUUCUAAGGAAUUUUGUAAGAAAACGUGUAAGGAAUUUAAUUUGUAAGAAAAUUUAUAUGGAAUUUUGUAAGAACAUUUGCAUAAAAAUGUAUAAGGAAUUUUGUAAGAAAAUUUGUAAAGAACUUUGUAAGAAAAAUAUAACAAAAUUAUAUAUUUACAUUGUGCUGUUCCCUUGUAGUUUCAUAGUACAUUCCCCUAGUCCUUUAGGCUCCUGCAGAAGUAAUUUCUGUCAUGUCUAAAUCUG